AUGCGUUCUACACUGUUAUGUUUCAUUGUAUGUUUGUCUGGUUCUGUAGCGCUUGCUAGAAAAGAAAUCAAUGAACCUGCUACAGCUAAACCUAUUACUUUUAGUGUAGAUGGUUGCUUACUAUUAUCAGCUAUCAUGAAGAUUCACAUAUCAAAAUCAGAUGCUGUUAAGCAAUCAGAAUCAGUGUUUACAACCUACAUUAAUUCAACAAAUUCUAAAAGCAUCAACUCCAGCGGCGUAUGCAGCAAUUCCACUAGCAAAGAAUACAACCUCUUAAACUUGGGUUGGAAGCCGAAUGGUUCUGAGGGCAAUUGGAAUAUAUCAUUUAAUUUCUCUGAGACCCAUCCUGGUUAUUAUGGUUUAACUAGUGUAUACUUAUUGUACUGGCUGGAUAAAUUGGGUCCACGUAAUGCUUCUACGAAUAAAUCACUUUUUUCUUGUGCUAUUGGUACAUCAUUUAUUUGUCUAAGUGAACAAACCUAUGAAUUAAAAGAUAAAUCAUCAAAUUCAACAAAUGUACGACUUACAUUUAGUGAGUUUCAAGUUGAAGCAUUCAGAAAUAAUGAUGUUUCUAAUAAUACAUUUACUGGACCAACUUCCUCUUGUGCUGCCGAUUAUGUACCGACUAAAGUGAUUCCUAUUGUUGUCGGCGUUUUAUUGGUGGUUAUGAUAGCGGCUGCUUUAAUCGCUUUUAUUAUCAGUAGUCGACGCCGUCAAAUUGGCUAUGAAGAAAUAUAA